GAACACUUUAAGUUGAGCCCAAGUUUGGUAAUCGAAAAGGUAGUUGGGGCCAGAUGUUAUAUGCUACGAUGGAGUUUGGACCUGGAAGCUAUCUUUUACUCUUGCUGUUAGCCUUUGGACAACAUAUUAAUGCAAUUAGUUCAAGAGCUCAGGGCUCGACGGGCAUAAAACCUUAUUUCCCUUCAGUCGGCUUCUUUGAUCAAGGGAAAGACAUCCCUGCUCAGCUUCAGAGUGAUGGUCCUGCUGGGACCGCUUCCUUUGGUUCUCCUGCUAGUCCUGGGAGUGCCUACAAUAAAGUGUCCACACACCUGAUCUUCCAGAGGCCAGUGAAUAAUGAUAAUGAAGACUUGCAGUCCAGAAUUGACACCAGCAUACCUUUCCAUGGCUUCACAUUACUAGCAAAGAAACCGAGGUCCGACACACCUCCGCAGCAGGCUAGCUACCAGGUGCCCCCCAAGCCGCAGCAGCAGGCUAGCUACCAGGUGCCCCCCAAGCCGCAGCAGCAGACUAGCUACCAGGUGCCCCCCAAGCCGCAGCAGCAGACUAGCUACCAGGUGCCUCCCAAGCAGCAGCAAUAUGCUGGCUACCAGCCGCAGCAGCAGGCUAGCUACCGGGCGCCACAAAAUCCGCCACAGCAGCAGGCUAACUACCAGGCGCCCCCAAAGCCGCAGCCGCAGCAGCAGGCUAGCUACCUGGUUCCCCCAAAGCCGCAGCAGCAGGCUAGCUACCUGGCGCCCCCAAAGCCGCAGCAGCAGGCUAGCUACCUGGUUCCCCCAAAGCCGCAGCAGCAGGCUAGCUACCUGGCGCCCCCAAAGCCGCAGCAGCAGCAGGCUAGCUACCAGGCGCCCCCAAAGCCGCAGCAGCAGCAGGCUAGCUACCAGGUGCCCCCAAAGCAGCAGCAGCAGACUAGCUACCAGGCACCCCCAAAGCCGCAGCAGCAGCAGGCUAGCUACCAGGCGCCCCCAAAGCCGCAGCAGCAGCAGGCUAGCUACCAGGCGCCCCCAAAGCCGCCACAGCAGCAGGCUAACUACCAGGCGCCCCCAAAGCCGCAGCCGCAGCAGCAGGCUAGCUACCUGGUUCCCCCAAAGCCGCAGCAGCAGGCUAGCUACCUGGCGCCCCCAAAGCCGCAGCAGCAGGCUAGCUACCUGGUUCCCCCAAAGCCGCAGCAGCAGGCUAGCUACCUGGCGCCCCCAAAGCCGCAGCAGCAGCAGGCUAGCUACCAGGCGCCCCCAAAGCCGCAGCAGCAGCAGGCUAGCUACCAGGCGCCCCCAAAGCAGCAGCAGCAGGCUAGCUACCAGGCACCCCCAAAGCCGCAGCAGCAGCAGGCUAGCUACCAGGCGCCCCCAAAGCCGCAGCAGCAGCAGGCUAGCUACCAGGCGCCCCCAAAGCCGCCACAGCAGCAGGCUAGCUACCAGGCGCCCCCAAAGCCGCAGCAGCAGGCUAGCUACCAGGUGCCCCCCAAGCAGCAGCAAUAUGCUGGCUACCACCAGCAGCAGCAGCAGGCUAGCUACCAGGCGCCCCCAAAGCAGCAGCAGCAGCAGGCUAGCUACCAGGCGCCCCCAAAGCCGCAGCAGCAGGCUAGCUACCAGGUGCCCCCAAAGCCGCAGCAGCAGGCUAGCUACCAGGUGCCCCCAAAGCCGCAGCAGCAGGCUAGCUACCAGGUGCCCCCAAAGCCGCAGCAGCAGGCUAGCUACCAGGUGCCCCCAAAGCCGCAGCAGCAGGCUAGCUACCAGGUGCCCCCAAAGCCGCAGCAGCAGGCUAGCUACCAGGCGCCCCCAGAGCCGCAGCAGCAGGCUAGCUACCAGGCGCCCCCAGAGCAGCAGCAGCAGGCUAGCUACCAGGCGCCCCCAAAGCAGCAGCAGCAGGCUAGCUACCAGGCGCCUCCAAAGCAGCAGCAGGUCUACCAGGCAGCCCCUCAGCAGACUAGCUACCCGUCAACCCAUCUGUAUCAAGACUACCAGGAGCCCCUCAAGCCCCAGCUCUACAGGGUGACCCGCAUUCAGCAGGGUUACCAGGGGCCCCCCAAGCAGACUAGUUACCAGGCGCCCCCAAAGCAGCAGACUGGUUACCAGGUGCCCCCCAGGCAGACUGGUUACCAGGUGCCCCCCAGGCAGACUAGUUACCAGGCGCCCCCCAAGCAGCAGACUGGUUUUCAGGCACCCCCAAAGCAGACUGGUUACCAGGUGCCCCCAAAGCAGACUGGUUACCAGGCGCCCCCAAAGCAGACUGGUUACCAGGCGCCCCCAAAGCAGACUGGUUACCAGGCGCCCCCAAAGCAGACUGGUUACCAGGCGCCCCCAAAGCAGACUGGUUACCAGGCGCCCCCCAAGGACACUGGUUACCAGGGGCCCCCCAAGCAGACUGGUUACCAGGCACCCCCCUGGCAGCAAACUAGUUACCAGGCACCACCCUGGCAGCAAACUAGUUACCAGGCACCCCCCAAGGAGACUGGUUACCAGGCACCCCAAAAGCAGCAGACUGGUUACCAGGCGCCUCAAAAGCAGCAGACUGGUCACCAGGGGCCCCCCAGGCAGCAGACUGGUCACCCGGCGCCCCCCAAGCAUCCAGUGUACCAGGUGACCUACAGGAUCCCGCCUGCGCAGAGCCUCAAGGCUCCCAGGGCCAGCACCAUACGGUAUCUCCAUGAAUGACUUCUGCAGUCUGCAGCUUCCUGUCUGAAAAUAAACUGAUUCUUAAAAACUGUUUAGUCA